AUGAAGCAGCUCACUGUGUCUGAUGGAUCUUCAUCUCCGGCCGAGAGGAUGCGCUGGAGUUUGGUUUUGGUGCAGUUUCUGGCGGUGCUGGCGCUGGGGAUCCGCCCAAGCUCCGGGGCUGGUUCCUUGACCAGGUGUCCGUGUCCAUCCCUGAAUCUGUGCCAGCCUCUGCCCGCCGACCAUCAGUACCAAGUCGAGGCUGUUGUCUUUGAUAAUGGAGGAUCUGCAUGGAUGUAUUAUGACUGGUCAAAGGUCACCACAAUUGUGACGACACAACCUGUCAACCCAUCACUUCUGUGUCAAGCUCAUGAGCACAGUGUUCGGCUUGUCUUGAAAGAGAAAAUACGUCAGACGCACUUGAAGAAUAAAAAGGACCAGGACAUUUGGAUCAGAGAUAUGGCAUAUUUCGUAAGCACUCAAUUCAUGGAUGGAAUCUACCUGGAGCUGUCACACCUUGUUACAAAUUUUAAAGCAUUACCCAAGCUGCUUAUGGCGAUAAAAGAAAUCUUCCAUCACAAACUACCUGGAUCUCAGGUCUCAAUUAGUGUCCCUUGGUCUCCAGACUGUCCAGAUGGCAAGUGCUAUGAUUACACAUCAAUGGCACAGUCCUGUGACUUUUUAUAUGUGAAGGCCUAUGACAUGCAGCUUGAAAUGUGGGAUGAGUGCUUUGCAAAAGCAAAUGCUCCCUAUGACCAGACAUUCUCAGGUCUGUCUCAUUAUAUCCAGCUGGGUGUCAAUCCCAAGAAACUCAUACUAGGACUGCCAUGGUAUGGUAAUGAUUUUCCUUGUCAGCAUUUCUAUGAGCCUGGAAGAUGCAAAUUGUCAAAGUAUGUUUUUAAUGGUGCUCCAUGCAGUUCCCAAAUUGCAAAGAGGAUUGCCUAUAAAGAUAUCAUGCAGUUGAUACCCAGGUCAUUCACUGGAAGAUAUUGGGAUGAUAACUACAAAUCUCCAUAUUUUGUGUACAUGGAUAAAGAUGUUUACCAUGAGGUGUGGUAUGAUGACCCACAGAGCCUUUCACUAAAGUCGUCUAUUGUGAAGAAGUUAAAACUUGGUGGUAUUGGUGUCCAGUUUGGAAAUAACCUCAACUACAGCGCGAAUCCAACAGCAGCAAUGCAAACUGAAGACAUGUGGAAUGCUCUCUGCCCAACCAGGUUAAAAUGGAGAACCUGA